AUGGCGGCACCACCAGUCAGACAAUGGGGAGUUACCCCUCCCAUCUCCACCGUUCUACCGACCCCAGACGAGCUUGCAGCAAACGAUGAUCUUAUCACGGAGUUAAAGGUGCAGAAUAAUUUUGAGAGCCCUGCGGAGACGGAAAGAAGGAAACAAGUAUUGCAGCUCAUCCAGCGUGUCACCGUCGAAUUCGUUAAAACA